UGCAUUAAAGGUGUGGUAGACACAGUCACACAGGUACAGACUGCGGAAGAAAAACUGCCCCAAAUUCCCCUAAUUCACCAAAACAUCAUCUAUUGCUGUGUGACUGGACAUCGACAAAAUGACCAACUGGAAGUGGAUUUUUUGCAGCCUAUAUUUAAUAUCAGUGAUGUCGACUACUUUUGGACUGGAUGUGACAAUGAGUCAAGCUUCUGUGGAGGUUGCCAGGGGUGAUGAUGUCACCCUUACAUGCAAUUUUAAACCUAAAAAUCAAGUAAACAGUAACACUCUUAUCAUUAUAACAUGGAGUGGUCAUUCCGAUGAGACAUCUGAAGACAAGGUAAUUUUUGGUACCUAUUACUCCAAUCCUCACGAAGUAGACAUUGGACCACAGUAUGUAGGCAAAGCCACAGUAGAGUUUGACCUUGGUGCAAAAACAUCAAAACUGACAUUAAAACAAGUCACUCUUAAAGAAAGUGGAAUAAUUAGAUGUUAUGUUCAGAUUCCUGGGGACAUUGAAGGCAAAACAUUUGACUCUACUUCUCUUUUGGUUCAGGUUGCACCAUCACAACCUGUUUGUAAAGUAGUAGGCACCGCAGAAUAUGGACACGAUAUUAGCCUAACCUGUGUUUCCGAGGAGGGCUCGCCAUCGCCCACAUACAAAUGGGAGAGAUAUGAUGUCAAAAAUGUCCCAAAAGCAUUUCCUAUUAAAACCACUGAAAAGGAUGGAGUUCUGGCUUUGGUCAAUGUAUCCAUGGAGACAUCAGGUUACUAUAUCUGCAUGUCAACCAAUAAGGUCGGAUCAGCCAAAUGUAACAUGACAUUGUCUGUAGUGCCAGCCUCUAUGAAUAUGGCCACAAUAGGCAUUGUUGCUGGUUGUAUUGCUGGAGCUGCAUUGCUUAUAAUACUCAUCAUCUGCUGUGUCCGCAAACGGAAACAGAAAUCAAGAGCAACUCCAGUGCUGGAAUACCAUGACACACCACAAACAGAAUACAUCGAUGAAGGGAAUGUGCACAUCACUGAAGAGAGACCUGACAUAGCUCGAAGUGAUGACAAUGGAGGUGGCCGUGAUGACCACAGUUACCGCCAUGAUGACCGCAGAGGUAGCCCUGAUGACACCAGCGUUCACUAUGAUAAUCGCAAAGGUAGCCGUGAUGACCUCAGAGAUCGCUAUGAUGAUCGCAAAGGUAGCCGCGAUGACCUCAGAGAUCGUGAUGACCUCAGAGAUCGCAAUGAUCGCAAAGGUAGCCGUGAUGACCUCAGAGAUCGCUAUGACGAUCGCAAAGGUAGCCGCGAUGACCUCAGAGAUCGUGAUGACCUCAGAGAUCGCAAUGAUCGCAAAGGUAGCCGUGAUGACCUCAGAGAUCGCUAUGACGAUCGCAAAGGUAGCCGCGAUGACCUCAGAGAUCGUGAUGACCUCAGAGAUCGCUCUGACGAUCGCAGAGGUAGCCGUGAUGACCUCAAAGAUCGGUAUGAUGAUCGCAGAGGUAGCCGUGAUGACCUCAAAGAUCGGUAUGAUGAUCGCAGAGGUAGCCGCGAUGACCUCAAAGAUCGGAAUGAUGAUCGCAGAGGUAGCCGCGAUGACCUCAGAGAUCGCUAUGAUGAUCGCAGAGGUAGCCGCGAUGACCUCAGAGAUAGGUAUGAUGAUCGCAGAGAUCAGUAUGAUGACAAUAGAUAUCGCUAUAGAUAAAAUCAUUAAGAUCAGUAUGAUAAUCAGUAUGUGAUGAACCAUUGAAUUAUUAUGACAGCCAUCAAAAUGUUAUAAGGAGGAUGGCCGUGAGCCAAGGCCUCUAUAUUUUUUUCUGUGUUGAUAAUCAAAUACAAUUGUUCUUUAUCCCUGCAGUGGCAAAUGCAACUGAUUCCUCUGACCUCAACGAAUUAUCCUUUUUUAUUUACUUUUUUGUUUUAUUUGACAGGAUUGUAGUAGUAUUUUAUAUACAGCAUAUAGUUUUUUUGUUGUUGUUGUUCGGACUUUCAGCUUAACUCAAGUAAUUAGGCAAAAUCAUAUUUUUGUUCUUCUGAAUCAUGCAUGUGUUCAGUCAUUUUUUGGGGCAGGUGUUCAGAAUGGUGCUUAUACGGUGACACUUUUUUUUGUACAUUUCUAUAUUAUUAUAAGAAUGGAAAAAGCUUUGUCAUGUUAUGUAUGGUUUUUUUUUUCAUCCAAUGAAAUACGCCCUACUUAAUUAUAAUCAUGUAUAAUUUGCAAUCCUUAUAAUUCUUAUGAGCAGUUUUACGAGCUGUUAGGACAUUUUCAGUAAUUUUACGGCACAAUGUUGGAAUUUAUUAAAAUGGCUAGAAUUAAUUACACACACUUGCUUUUCACUUUCUAAAUAAAUAACGGAUUGUAAAAUACUGAA